AAAAAGUAGCAGAAAUCAAGUCGAAGAUGUUUUUUUAUGUAGCUAUAGUUCGCCUAAAACGACUAAAAACAAAUACUCUCCCUGUGUUCAGUUAUAUCUUGCACUCACAACAAAAAAGCCGUAUCCUUCAUAGAAGCAUAUAUAUUCAUAAUAAAAUACUAUUUUCAAUUCUUUUUGUGGCUAAAGCUAGUAAAACGUCCCGGUUUCUUUGUUUUGUCGCGCGCCUUCUUUACGUUCGCGAUGUCCUGGCCCUUAGUGAUGACGUAGGCAGGCAGCGGCCAGUUUGCUCUAAUGGCUCUCACGUUGUUCACUGGUGGGAUGAAAUCCCUCGGAGACGGUKGCAAAAGCUUGGAUUAACCCAUCUCCUCAUGUACCUGAGACAUUUUACCAGGCUAUUUUCAGCUAUGGCUGGACCCAGGCCAGUGGUGUUCAGUGGCCCAUCAGGGGCAGGGAAAAGCACUUUGCUGAAGAAGCUCAUGAAAGAAUAUGACAAUGUUUUUGGUUUCAGCGUGUCCCAUACAACAAGAAAACCUCGUCCCGGAGAAGAAAAUGGCAAAGAUUAUCAUUAUGUUACACGAGAGGCGAUGCAGACRGGCAUCAAAAACGGCGAGUUCAUCGAACAUGCAGAGUUUUCAGGGAACAUGUAYGGGACGAGCAAAGCCGCCGUGCAAGCCGUCCAGGCCAAGAACCUCAUCUGUAUACUUGAUAUCGACAUGCAGGGUGUGAAGAGCAUCAAAAAGACCGACCUCAACCCACUUUACAUCUCCAUUCAGCCGCCAUCCUUGGAAAUACUGGAAAAACGCUUAAGAGACAGAAAAACCGAGUCGGAGGAGAGCCUCCAGAGGCGUUUAAAUGCAGCCAAAGUGGAGAUAGAGUUUAGUAAAGAACYAGGUGUGUUUGAUGUCAUUGUUGUAAAUGAUAAUUUGGAGGAUGCUUAUGAGAAGUUGAAACAAGUUCUUCAUGAGGAAGUAACCAAGGUCAAGAAAGUUGGUACAUCUUCGUAGGAGACAGCAGCCUCCUCACACCUUUUUUCUUUUUUUUUUAGUUUUUUGUUGUCUUAUCCAGCCACUCCUUAUGAAGUCACAGAGCUCCACUCAAGCCAUGUACAUUCCCUUCAGAUCUGUGAGGCUAUACAGUAUAUAUAUAUAUA